AUGGCGCUAGUGCAGGUGCACGCGUCACGCGGGACCGGCAAGAUCGUCAGCCCGCCACCGACGAGGGCCGAGACGAUGACGACAGCGAAGACGAAAGGUACUUAUCAACCGCAAAGACAGCAGCGGCAAAGCGGCGGUCCUUCGGUGGCCUCAAGUGCCGACGGCUAUCAGUGUGCUCGGAGCUUCGAACUCGGCAGCAGCGCCACCAGUCCCAGCCGUUGCAAGUCGUCGGUGCCGCGCGAACGAUCCCUCCCGUCCGACUGGGUCCUACCACCGGAGCUACCCCUAGUUCUGCGGCCACGUGUAGGCUUACCAUUCACGCCCUUCACGAAAACAGCAAUGAAUCGAUCAACGCUCGACUUUAUUUCGGUCUUUCUGGCCGAACUCAUCGGCACCGGGCUGCUGGUGAUGCUCGGUUGCAUGGGGUGCGUCUCCGGACUGGGCCACACACCGUCCCACUUUGAGCUGUGCAUCAACUUCGGUCUCGUGGUGAUGAUCAUCGUGCAGGUCUUUGGCUGCGUAUCCGGUGCCCACCUGAACCCCGCCGUGACAGCCGGAGCCUGGGUCUACGAGCUGGUGUCAACGAAGAUGGCCCUGGCAUACGUUGCCGCGCAGUGUAUCGGCGGCUUCAUGGGCUACGGUGUCCUCAAGAUACUUACCCCGGCGGCAGUAUUCGAUCUCGCUAAAGAGAACGGAGCUGGGUUCUGCGUGACGCAGCCGAACGGUCUUAUCAGCCACCUGCAAGCGACCGGCAUCGAGUUUGUGGCCACGAUGGUACUCAUCUUGGUGUGCUGCGGUGUCUGGGAUCCGCGCAACGCCAAACAUCACGAUUCGGUGGCACUGAAGUUCGGUUUCACCGUCGGAGCGCUGGCGGUGGCGGCGGGUCCCUACACCGGCGCCAGCAUGAACCCGGCCCGUUCGCUCGGUCCCGUCCUGUGGAACGGUGACUACAAUGCCCACUGGAUCUACUGGGUCGGCCCGCUGAGCGCUGCCUUCUUGACCGCGUUCGCCUACAAAGCCGUCUUCCGGCGGGAAGUCGCCGUGGAGCCACUGAACCACGAGCUAGCCGCUUUGAACACGGAAAAAUAAAAUCCCGUGUACGCUGCCAUCCGAGCAAGCCGCACGCAUCAUAUACUCUCUUCUCAGUAGACACAGAAGCGCGCUUUCCUUGCGCGUACAAUCUUACUCCAGAGCAGCUGAACCUUAAGAUACGUCGCUGGUGGCAUGCCGCGUGCGAUGUAAACUCAAUAUGGAUUGUCUAGUUUUAUAAGACCACUCCCUUUUACCAAUAAAC